AUGACUAGAAAUGGAGAGAAAAGGCGUAAACAUAGACUGCGGAACGUCAUUGCCGGGCGUAGACACAACCUAAAAUGGGUCGGAGACAAAGAUUUCAUCACAUCCGGAGAGUCAGCCACCGUUUCGUCCACCACCGUCGAGAAAUCCCUCACCACACUUCGGUACUUUCCGACCGGCGACUCCAAUUGCUACUCCAACAUUCCGGUUACAAAAGGCGGAAAAGUUCUAGUGAGAACGAUGUUUUACUACGGAAUUUACGACGGGAAGUCCUCAACCCCAUCAUUCAACGUAGUGUUUGAAGGGAAACACCGAGGCACCGUAUCGCUAUCCUCGGCGUUCGAACCUUACCUUUUGGAGCUGAUAUUUUCUCCGGCCAGCAGAGAGACCAGCGUUUGUUUUGUACGUACGUCUUCAUCAUCAAACCCUUUUGUAUCUUCCAUUGAAGUUUUCGACUUGGACGAUGGCAUGUAUAACGAGCUUGGUCCUGGUGAAGCGGUGAAGGUGGAGGUUGAAGAUGGGAACAUACUUCAGAUAAGCGGUGAGAGGAGCAGUGAUAAUGAAGAGAAGAGUGACAAGUGGCACCGUGUGGAGAGAUCAAGUGGGAAGUUUAUGAGGAGGUUUAGGUUGCCAGGGAAUGCGAAGGUGGAGGAAGUGAAGGCGAGUAUGGAGAACGGUGUGUUAUCUGUUACAGUGCCGAAAGUGCCGGAGAGGAAGCCUGAGGUCAAGUCCAUUGAUAUCCCUGGCGUAAACAUAGACUGUGGAACGUCAUUGCCGGGCGUAGACAACAACAACCUAAAAUGGGUCGGAGACAAAGAAUUCAUCACAUCCGGAGAGUCGGCCACCGUUUCGUCCACCACCGUCGAGAAAUCCCUCACCACACUUCGGUACUUUCCCACCGGCGACUCCAAUUGCUACUCCAACAUUCCCGUUACAAAAGGCGGAAAAAUUCUUGUGAGAACGAUGUUUUACUACGGAAAUUACGACGGGAAGUCCUCAACCCCAUCCUUCAACGUAGUGUUUGAAGGGAAACACCGAGGCACCGUAUCGAUAUCCUCGGCGUUCGAACCUUAUCUUUUGGAGCUGAUAUUUUCUCCGGCCAGCGGAGAGACCAGCGUUUGUUUUGUACGUACGUCUUCAUCAUCAAACCCUUUUGUAUCUUCCAUUGAAGUUUCCGACUUGGACGAUGGCAUGUAUAACGAGCUUGGUCCUGGUGAAGGUAGAUUUUGGCUUCCAUCCGAUAUAAACAUAUUGGUGACCGGAAUACCAUCCGCGGCUGCAUCGAUCGAUACCUCUGGUGCAUCAAACAGACCGCCUGAGUCCGUCCUCCGUAACUCUUGGACCGGAGAAGGCUUAUCAUUAUACGACCCUACUCUUCCUUCGGCAGGAGUUCCGGUGUACUUGGCUAUGUAUUUCUCGGAGCCUCUUCAGUCCAGUUUACGAUCGUUCAACAUUUUCUUUGGUGGUAAGCAAGUUGGUAGGGGUCCUGUUGUGCCUGUGUUUGGAAAAGCCACACAAGUGGUCGUGAGAGAUCUGGUGGCAAGCUCAAGCACCCAACUGACGUUAUGGUCCACUGCUAGUGCGCUUUUACCGCCCAUGAUAAAUGCGGCCGAGCUUUAUGUGAUAAGUAAGGGUACAAACGAAGGCACAGGCGGAAACGGAAGUGGUUCGGGAUCAGGAUCAGGUGGAAGCGGAGGAGGAGGAUCUGGGAGCAGUGGAUCCGGAUCUGGCUCUGGUGGGAGUAGCAAAGGAGGAACUGGAGGAAGCAAUGAAGUGAGUCCAGGUGGAUCAACCAAUGGAAAGAGCAGUAAACUGCCAAUUAUACUCGGUGUGGUAUCCGCCGUUGCGUUUGUUCUUGUCGCAUAUGUGUUCAUCGCUAUAAUCUUAGCUAAUCGUCGCAAAGUGAGGCUGCAAGCCUUGGCUAUGCCUACUUCCACAGUGGCUAAUAUGGGGACUGGAGCGUCAACUCUGUUCACACAACAGAUGGAAAACGAUUCAAACCAGCCUACAAAUGAAUCAGACAUGGGGGAGAUCGACGACCUUAUUGGAAUGAACCAGUCAUACGUAGCGCAAUGACAUUGAACAUCAUGUAAAAGAAAUGAUUUUUACCUUGAAUUUUAUAUGUUUCCAAUUUUUAUUUUUAUUUUAGUUUUCUCUCUUUGUUCUU